GCCACCCCAGCCCUGAAGAUUGUCCCCAGGUUUGGCAUGAGGACUCUGGGGCGCCGUGGUGGAGGGCGGACAGAAUGACUGAGAACAUGAAGGAGUGCUUGGCCCAGACCAAGGCAGCCGUAGGGGACAUGGUGACGGUGGUGAAGACAGAGGUCUGCUCACCACUCCGCGACCAGGAGUAUGGCCAGCCCUGCUCUAGGAGACCAGACUCCUCAGCCAUGGAAGUUGAGCCCAAGAAACUGAAGGGGAAGCGUGACCUCAUCAUGCCCAAAAGCUUCCAGCAAGUGGACUUCUGGUUUUGUGAGUCCUGCCAGGAAUACUUUGUGGAUGAAUGCCCGAACCAUGGUCCCCCAGUGUUUGUGUCUGACACACCAGUGCCCAUGGGCAUCCCAGACCGGGCGGCCCUCACCAUCCCUCAGGGCAUGGAGGUGGUAAAGGAAGCCAGUGGAGAGAAUGAUGUGCGAUGCAUAAAUGAGGUCAUCCCCAAAGGCCACAUCUUCGGCCCCUAUGAGGGGCAGAUCUCCACCCAGGACAAAUCAGCUGGCUUCUUCUCGUGGCUGAUUGUAGACAAGAAUAACCGCUAUAAGUCCAUAGACGGGUCAGAUGAGACUAGAGCCAACUGGAUGAGGUAUGUGGCCAUCUCCCGGGAGGAGAGGGAGCAGAACCUGCUGGCAUUCCAACACAGUGAGCGCAUCUACUUUCGGGCCUGCAGGGACAUCCGGCCUGGGGAGCGGCUGCGAGUCUGGUACAGCGAGGACUACAUGAAGCGCCUGCACAGCAUGUCCCAGGAAACCAUCCACCGCAACCUGGCCAGAGGAGAGAAGAGGUUGCAGAGGGAGAAGUGUGAGCAGGCUCUGGAUAACCCAGAAGACCUGAGGGGUCCCCUUCAGCUCCCCGUGUUGAGACAGGGCAAAAGUCCCUACAAGCGUGGCUUUGAUGAGGGGGAUGUACACCCCCAGGCCAAAAAGAAGAAAAUUGACCUCAUUUUCAAAGACGUGCUGGAGGCCUCAUUGGAAUCUGCAAAGGUGGAAGCCCACCAGCUGGCACUGAGCACCUCAUUGGUCAUCAGGAAAGUCCCCAAGUACCAGGAUGACACCUACAGUCGGUGUGCAACAACCAUGACUCGUAGCAUACAGAAUGUCAGCCGGACCCAGGGGGAAGGGGACUGGAAGAUCCCCCAGGGAGUUUCCAAGGAGCCAGGUCCAUUGGAGGAAGAAGAAGAGGAGCCUUCAUCAUUCAAGGCUGACAGUCCCGCCGAAGCCUCCCUUGCCUCUGACCCUCAUGAACUUCCUACCACCUCAUUUUGCCCUAACUGUAUUCGCUUAAAGAAGAAGGUCCGGGAACUCCAGGCAGAAUUAGACAUGCUCAAAUCUGGGAAGCUUCCUGAGCCCCCCGUGUUACCUCCACAGGUACUGGAGCUCCCAGAGUUCUCAGACCCUGCAGGUAAGUUGGUAAGGACAAGAUUAUUGCCAGAGGGAAGAGCUCACAGUGGGCUGUGUGGAGGGUGGCCUAACACUGUCUGGUAAAGCCACCUGUGGGGAGAUCGGAGGAGUGUGACGUGGAGGUGGCCCCCCUCUGUAGGUGGGAGCCUGCAUCCUCAGCGCCUGUGACAGCUCUGGCAGGAUGCUUCAUGUGUCACCCUUGUAUCCUCCUUGUCAAUAAAGGAAGUUCCGCU